AGUGUUUAUUUUCUCUAUGGUCGGUGAGCAUUUUUUUGGUGGUAGGUAUUUAUUUUGUUUGUUGACAAAAUUCAUGAUGAAAACGAAAAUAAAGUGGUAAAAUUCGUGUGAUUCACUGUUUUGUGUCUUUGAAAAGAAAUAAAAUAUGUCUUCAAGCUCGGUAGAAGAUUUGCCAGAUCAAUACAAGGAUCUAUUUACACAAGAUGGAGUACUUCUCAAGGCAUGCAUCGGUCGACCAAUCACGGACCUCAACACGAUUGGUAUGCUAUGCAUCGUGGAGACUCCAGAGAGGACCAAGUGCAUUGAGUGGCGGCCUCUCGACCUGAUCACCAUCGAUUCUGACACUCAGGACCAGGAGUGGGCUGUUGUUAAUACCAUUGGGCGUCGACAGAGGACUCUCAGUGGCAACUUAACAUCAGACUACAUGACAGCUCGAGCGCGCAUCAUCAAGAUCCCCCUCGACGACCUCAAGACCUUCCGGGUCUCACGCAACAGCCAACAGAUGCAGUUCUCCACCAAACCAGGCAUUUGGCAAACCACAUUCUUCUUCCAGCAUGGAAAUGCUGAAGUAUUUGUUACAUACCUGAAGAACCAUGUCAAAACAGCCAAGGCCAGGCAUGAUAGAAAUACGUACCUGGUCAUUGAACCGAGCCAAGAGACUCAAGCUCUGAAUAGAUCAUUUGCUGAGUUGGAUAUCUUUACAGAGAACACUACAGAUGUUGUGUGGAGCCUUGUAUCGAAUUUCAAACAGAGGCCUUAUGAGACUACUUUAGAAGCGUUUUCCAAGUUGACUGAUAUAGUAUACUACGGCAAUGAAGCAGUCAACGGGAAGCGUGACGUUUCUGAUGAAGUUGCGGACUUAUUGACUAAGAGCAUGAGUGCCCUGGAAGACGCCACCUCAGUGACGAAAAGUGACGAGUAUGAGGUCAUCAGUGUGAAGCCUACCCUACAACCGCGACCUGCUAUACCUAGAGGUACACCCCUAUCCACCGAGAAGUGGGAAGGGCUCGCUGACACUGAAGGACGAAUCACAGAAGUUGAUGGUGUUCGACAACUAAUAUUUAGAGGGGGUGUAGCGCAUUCCAUAAGGCACUCAGUGUGGAAAUACCUGCUAGACUACUAUCCCUGGAACAUGACCCGGACUGAACUCAAGUCACUACAGAGGAAGAGGACAGAAGAAUACUUCUCAAUGAAACUGCAAUGGCGCUCAAUGACUGACGCACAAGAGUCGAGGUUCUCCGAAUACAGAGAUCGGAAAAGUCUUGUGGAAAAAGACGUGAAUCGUACGGACAGGACACAUCCAUUUUAUGCCGGCGAUAACAACCCCAACUUAGUGGUUCUACAGGAUAUACUGAUGACCUAUGUGAUGUACAACUUUGACCUGGGAUAUGUUCAAGGAAUGAGCGAUAUUUUGGCUCCGCUGCUUUUGUUGUUAGGCAACGAAGUCGACAGCUUUUGGUGUUUCGUCGGCUUUAUGGACAAAAUUGCGUCAAACUUCGACAUGGACCAGGCGGGCAUGAAGCAGCAGCUGCUCCACUUGCAGCAACUGCUGACGUUCGCCAGCCCCCCCCUCGCGCACCACCUCGCGCAGAAGGACUCCGGGAAUAUGUACUUCUGCUUUAGGUGGUUGCUGGUCUGGUUCAAGCGGGAGUUCUCGCAUAGGGAUAUUAUGAGGCUAUGGGAAGUUCUUUGGACGGGGUUGCCAUGUGCCAACUUCCAUUUACUAAUCUGUGUUGCUAUACUUGACGCUGAAAAAGAUACCAUCAUAAACAACGACUACGGAUUCACCGAAAUUCUCAAACACGUGAACGACUUAUCCAUGAGCCUCGACGUAGACCACAUUCUGAGCUCCGCAGAAGGCAUUUACCACCAAAUUAAAUAUGCCGACCAUCUGACAGACCCCAUACGGGUGAUUCUCGGCUUCCCGGUCGAGACGCCACAGCCUCAGCCGGACUCUGACGACGACGAACUACCCACCACCUCCAAGUCGAAUAGCCCAACUGCAAAUGGUAAAUCAGAGAGUGACGUAAUGAAAGGGAGUACUAAUUCUGGAAGCAUCUAUGGAGCCGAUACGGAGGAAGUUACACUCGAAUAUAAUGGCUUACACAUAUCCAUAGUGACGAAAAGUGUUUUGGUAUUACUGGCUUAGAGUUUAUUUUAGAAGAUUAGACUAGAAGUAAAAAUUGAUUAUAUAAUAAUUCGAUUAUGUAUCUUGUUGACUGUACCUAAGAGUGAUAUAUUACAUUUUAUAUUUUUAUAUGUCUGUCGUGCUCUGCUAAAACUUAAGUAUUGUAUUCAUGCUCUCCUUUGGUUCUAGAAGAGUGUUUUAUUGAUAAUGUUUGUAAGUUGGAAUGUUGGUUGUUGAUUUGUGAUUGGAUUGAAUGUAAGAUAUAAACAUAGCUUAGAGCCUUAUCAGAAAUAUAUAUUUUAUAGUCUAUUACUUAUUUCGAGAAGAUCCUUACAAUUCUUACAAAUGUAAUGAAGAGGUGCUAAGCCUUGUAUCACCAAUUUAUCAGUGAUCUGAUCACGACACAGAUAUUUGUUAAAGAUAAUACUAUAGAACGUUGUUUUGUGAGGUAUUAUCUGUUAGGCUUUCUGUUUGUAAACCAUUACUUGAUGAGCUACAUAUUUGGUAAAAAAUAUUAUACUUAUAGGUAAACUGCACCGGUGAAGAUAAACCACAUUAGCUGAAAGCUGCCGUCUAAAAUAAGAUGGAAUAAAAAUACAGGAUAGAAUUUUAUCAGUGAACAAGACUUGUCAACAGUCAGACUUGAUGUAUAAGACAUCCUGAAAAGGAUCAGCUGAAAAUAAUUGCGAAAAACUUAGUAAUAUUUUUCAUUGUACCACUUCAAAUCGGGUGUUUUACUGAUAAUAUUCCGCACUGUUUACAUUUGUCGCGUCUACAAUAUAUCACCGAUGAAGUUUCACUCUAAAAAUACCUAGCCUAUAAGUAUGAAUAGAACCUAUAUCUCAGUGAGUGAUAAUAUGUUGGCAAUAAAACAACCUUUCUGUAUAAAAA